AUGAGCAAAAGGCUCGAGAAAGAUUUGCUCGUCCCCCAUUCCUCUCGCGGCCGCGAAGCUUCGGCGUACCUCUCUUACGUUCUAGACAACUACGACCACUUGCCUCCAAUUUCAAUAUUCAUCCACGCCGGGGAAAUGCAGCGUCAUAACGAUUUAUUUGGACCGAAAACAAAGGCUGUGUUGCAGAAUCUACGGCCCGAAGCCGUAAAAGCAAAAGGCUACGUUAACCUACGAUGUCUGCAUUCACCGGGGUGUCCGAGUCACGUCCAUCCCAACAAUCCAACCCAAAUCGAUUUCAAGAACCGUGACUCGCGAGCCUAUUUCCCGCAAAUAUACCAGGAGCUCUUUGGCGUGGGACCGGUUCCUGAUGUCAUAGGAGGUGUCUGCUGCGCCCAAUUUGCAGUGAGUCGGGAUCAGAUCCCAAAACGACCGAGGAGCGACUACGAGCGGAUGAUGAACUGGAUCGACAAAGGAAGUGCACAGAUUGUGAAUAGUUAUGGCGUUGGAUGGGUAUUCGAGGUAGUCUGGCAUGUGGUCUUUGGCAUGGAAGCUGUCUAG